AUUUCGAAUCACAACAAAACCAACGGUUCUCAGAUAUUCCCUUGAACACGAAGAGGAAAACGACAAAGCUGCAGCAACAACAACAACAACAACAAUGGCGGAGUGUGAAAUCCAGAAGGUAGAUCCAGAAACAGAGUUCCUAUCAUCAAAAAGAGAAACCGGUAACGAAUGGGAAACCUUCAAAGAAAACGUGAGACCCUUGAAAAGAGGCCGAAAUGUUAACAUUCUCAACAACGCUCUCAAGUCUCACACCGAUAACUAUCUCAAGAAAUCGCUUCUUCACCAGCGAAGAAAACUUAUUGAAGCAAUUGAUGAUUACAAAGGAGAAGAUCCUCUUUUCCCUUGGAUACAGUGUAUGAAGUGGGUUCAGGAAGCGUUUCCUCCAGGUGGAGAUAGCUCAGGGUUGGUGGUGAUUUAUGAACAAUGUCUACGUGCGUUUUGGCAUUCGGAACAGUAUAAGGACGAUUUGCGCUAUCUGAAAGUGUGGCUUGAAUAUGCUGAUAAUUGUUAUGAUAAGGAGGUUAUAUAUGCUUUUUUGGAUGCAAAUGCAAUUGGAAAAACUCAUUCCGAUUUCUACAUUUCAUAUGCUUUGCAUUUGGAAUCUAAGAACAAGUUUAAAGCGGCUAACCAGACAUUUGAACUUGGCGUAUCUAGGAAUGCUCAACCCAUUGAAAAAUUGAAAGCUGCUUACAGAAAAUUUAUUGUACGCUCAAUGUCGAGGACUAAUGCUAUAGAUGAACCAAUGGAAAAACAGGCACCUGUGCGUAGCUUUGGAACUCUUCUUGCCAAAGGAGAAAACAGUACCAGAUUGGCCUCUUUGAACAGUGACCAUUCUGCUAAAAAUGAUAGAACUCGAGCAGCUCCACUUUCCAUUUAUAAAGAUUCAAAUGCCAAUGGUGAGACUUGCCCACCACGUCAGCCAGACCUGUCACACUCUUGGCGCAACCUUGGAGCUCGAGCUGAACGAAACAAGGAAAACAAUGCAAUUCCUGCCAAAUGGAAAUCCUACAAGGUUCCACAGCACCCAGGGACUAGAACUGCAGUGGCUAGUGCAAGUGCCUCCUGCAUUCCGGUGUUUGUUGAUGAAGAAUGUCAAGGUUCACCAAGUCUGAAAGCAGAGGGUAAGGGUAAGUCCUCAAGUUUGAAGAUUAGGAAAGAAGACGACAAGGACUUGAAAAGAGAAGCAGAGUUACUACGGAAGAAUCCAUUACGCAACUUUCCACAUACCAGCCUCCCCAGAUAAUUGAAAUCCCCCUGAAAGGUCGCUGGCUCGUUGCCCUUUGCAGACCAUGCUAUCUUUUCCUGUAACAAUUUAUGGGUAGCUUUUCCCUAGAAAGCUUGACCACACAGCAUGUAUCGUUUGUGUUGUAUUGGAAAUCCGGGUUUGUUUGAUUUGAUGAAAGUUUAGGUUGUUGUAUCAUUAAGCUGUUUGUACUUUUGUAUGAAUAAUCUUGAGAAAUUUGAAUCGGAAGCAUAAUAAUUCUUCACUUUUUUUUUUA